AUGACCACUGGACUCUUCGCUUUUUGUUUUAUCCUGGCGGGGGCGAUCUUCAGUUCGCAUGCUUCGGAUGCACAAACGUCACCACUUAAUGCAAGUUGGGCAUUCCUGAACGGCGAUUACUACAUGAAGUAUCGUGACUACGAGAAUGAUUGGGUUUUUUUCAACUUCAAGUGUGCGUCAAGGUGGGGAGGACGUGACAGACGCCCAGGUGAUCCCAUCAGAAUCCAAUACAUGACCAAAAAUUACGACGGAGACCCAUAUGGUCAUCAGUACGAAAUCAAGGUGCUGUUCUACGAACAUCAGAUGGACAAGUUUGCUUAUGACAAGUGGAGAAAGGGCAAAGAACAACAAAGGCAACUGAUUUACAUGGACCUCAAGGAGCAGUGUCAAGUUACAAAAACCUUUUACAAUGAAACCAACUCAGGCUGUACGCUGUGGAUGGGCUAUUAUAAAGUAGACGGGGAGCCUCCAACUGAGUGCGAAAAAGUCUACAAGAGCUGCGGGGGUUCAACGAAGGUCCAGUACCACGAUAAAUGUAAAUACAAACCUCCAAAAUGA